GCUUUUUCGGCCUCUCAACCGAACAGACAUAUCAAACGAAGACUUCAGGAUGAGUCCGUGUCACAAAAUUGCAGCAUUGAUAGUUCUGCUUCCAUUGCUGGAAAUGAUAAAUUGCCAAACGUGCUCAGAUUGUUCACAGACAGACGACAUAUACGCCUGUGUGGACGAAUUCAAGUAUGGAAUCUGCUUCGGUCUGGGUACCGUCUAUCCCAGUGCCAUUGAGUCAUGUCCAGAUGGUUAUUACUGCAAUGUUGGGGGCACAUUUUGCACUCCGAUGGAGACCUCUUCUCCAUCCUGUGUAACAUCCACGACUACAGUGGCAACCAGUGAGCCGUCCUCAUCGCAGUCCACCGAAUCGACUACAGGUAUAACCACGGACUCGUCCACCUGCUCAGAUUGUUCACUGACAGACGACGUGUAUGCCUGUGUGGAUGAAUUCAAGUAUGGAAUCUGCUAUGGUCUGGGUGCCGUCGACCCUGAUGCCAUUCGUUCAUGUCCAGAUGGCUUAUACUGUAAUGUUGAUGGCACAUUUUGUACACCGAUGGAGACCUCUUCUCCAUCCUGUGUAAGUACCACAACUGUGGGGCCCACUGCUUCGCCAACUUCACAGACCACAGAGUCGUCUACAUCGCAAACCACAGAAACGUCUACAUCACAGUCCACAGAUUCGUCGACAUCGCAGUCCACAGAUUCUUCAACAGUUACACCCACUGAAUCGUCCACCCCACAGUCCACAGAAUCGUCUACAUCACCGGUCACAGUAGCAUCUACAUCACAGGUCACAGAUUCAUCUACAUCGCAGGCCACAGAAUCUUCAACAGUUACACCCACUGAAUCGUCCACCACACAGACCACAGAUUCUUCAACAAUUACAUCCACUGAAUCGUCCACCCCACAGUCCACAGAAUCGUCUACAUCGCAGUCCACAGAUUCUUCAACAGCUACACCCACUGAUUCUUCCACCUCGCAGUCCACAGAACCUUCUACAUCGCAGGUCACAGAAUCUUCUACGUCUCAGGCCACAGAUUCUUCAACUUCUACACCCACUGAUUCGUCCACCUCGCAGUCCACAGAAUCUUCUACAUCGCAAGUCACAGAAUCUUCUACAUCCCAGACCACAGAUUCUUCAACAAUUACACCCACUGAAUCGUCCACCCCACAGUCCACAGAUUCGUCUACAUCGCAGUCCACAGAUUCUUCAACAGCUACACCCACUGAUUCUACCACCUCGCAGUCCACAGAAUCGUCUACAUCACAGGUCACAGAAUCUUCUACGUCUCAGGCCACAGAUUCUUCAACAGCUACACCCACUGAUUCGUCCACCUCGCAGUCCACAGAAUCUUCAACGUCGCAGGUCACAGAAUCUUCAACAUCGCAGUCCACAGAAUCGUCUACAUCGCAGGUCACAGAAUCUUCUACGUCUCAGGCCACAGAUUCUUCAACAGCUACACCCACUGAUUCGUCCACGUCGCAGUCCACAGAAUCUUCAACGUCGCAGGUCACAGAAUCUUCAACAUCGCAGUCCACAGAAUCGUCUACAUCGCAGUCUACAGUAUCGUCUACAUCGCAGUCCACAGAUUCUUCAACAGCUACACCCACUGAUUCGUCCACCUCGCAGUCUACAGUAUCUUCUACAACUCAGUCCACAGAUUCGACAACACCAAUAACGACAACAGCUGCUCCCGAAGUUGAUCCCGAUGUAUACUGUGCGGGUGUCAACAUGAAAGGCUAUUUCAGAGUCGAGAGUGAUUUAACCUGCAAAGAAUAUGUGUACUGUUAUAAAAUAUCGGGCGAAUACUUCGGCUGGCUCUACUAUUGCAACACCAACGAAUAUUAUAACUCCAAAACGACUCUCUGCGAAACUGAACGACCUGAUGACUGCUAAAAAUGAUUAUUAUGUUACAUAAUAUUCCUCGCAAAUCUGUAUACAAGUUCUAUAAACUACUGCGAGGCAGAAAACUAAAUAAAUAUUUUAUAUAACUGAAUAAAAAUAACUAUUGUUAGUUAUUUGGCAGGCUUUCCAAAAUGUGGCUGGAAAAACU